AUGUCUCUGAAGCUACCUCAAAAUCCGAAUGCCGGCCUCUUCAAGCAAGGGUAUAACAGUUACUCGAAUGCAGACGGUCAAAUUCAAAAGUCCAUUGCGGCGAUUCGCGAAAUCCAUCAGAUGUGUUUGACUUCGAUGGGGCCUUGUGGCAGGAAUAAGAUCAUUGUAAACCAUCUGGGGAAGUACCUGAUCACCAAUGAUGCCGCGACGAUGCUACGUGAGCUGGAGAUCGUUCAUCCGGCCGUAAAGGUGCUUGUGAUGGCCACCGAGCAGCAAAAAAUAGACGUCGGGGACGGCACUAACAUGGUCAUGGUACUAGCAGGAGAGCUGUUGAACCUCAGUGAAAAGUUGAUUUCUCUGGGGCUGUCUCCUGUGGAGGUUAUUCAGGGCUACACAAUGGCUAAGAACUUCACUAUUGAGGAGUUGGAUAAGAUGGUGGUCCAAGAGGUCAUCGACAAGCACGAUAAGGACGAGCUUAUUAAAGUGAUAAAACCUGUGAUAUCUUCCAAGCAGUUCGGUUCCGAAGAGCUACUCAGCGAGCUCAUCGCAGAAGCAGUAAGCUAUGUUUUGCCGUCCAAAUCCAAUUUUUUCAACGUGGAUUCGAUCAGGGUUGUGAAGAUUAUGGGAAGCUCCUUGUCCAACUCCACUGUUAUCAAGGGUAUGGUUUUCAACCGUGAGCCAGAAGGCCACUUGAAGUCUCUGCCAAAGGGUGGGAAGCACAAGGUGGCUGUGUUCACUUGCCCCAUUGACAUUGCCAGCACAGAAACAAAGGGUACGGUCUUGCUACACAAUGCGCAGGAAAUGUUGGACUUCACCAAGGGUGAGGAGAAGCAGCUGGAUGCAAUGAUCAAAGAAAUUGCAGACACUGGCGUGCGCUGUGUGAUUGCAGGCAGUGGCGUCGGUGAAUUGGCUCUGCAUUAUCUGAACAGAUAUGAAGUCCUCGUCCUGAAGAUCCCCUCUAAGUUUGAGUUGAGAAGGGUAUGCCGCGUGUGCGGUGCUACGCCAAUGCCACGGCUGGGCGCCCCUACUCCAGAGGAAAUCGGUGUAGUAGAGACUGUUAAGAGCAUGGAAAUUGGUGGCGACAGAGUUACCGUAUUUAAGCAAGAGUCGGAGGAAACGACGAGAACUGCCACGAUUAUUCUACGGGGCGCCACACAGAAUAACUUGGACGACAUAGAAAGAGCCAUCGAUGGUGGAGUUGCCGCCAUCAAGGGCCUCCUCAAGCUCGAUGGCGGGAAGCUGCUGCCGGGAGCAGGUGCCACAGAGAUCGAGCUCGUGUCUAGGAUUACCAAAUAUGGAGAGAAGACCCCUGGUUUGCUACAGUUGGCGAUCAAACAGUUUGCGAUGGCAUUCGAGGUCAUCCCCAGGACGUUGGCGGAAACUGCCGGCCUGAAUGUCAACGAAGUUCUACCAAACCUUCAUGCCGCGCAUGCACCUGCUGGCGACAGCGCAAGCACUGACGACAAGAUAUACCAGGGCAUUGAUAUAGACGGCACCACACCAGAGGGUAUUGUAGAUAUCAGGAAUGAAGGCGUUUACGACAUGCUGGCUGCCAAGAAAUUCGCAAUCAACGUCGCAACCGAUGCUGCUAACACUGUUCUCUCUGUUGAUCAGAUCAUCAUGGCGAAGAGAGCAGGCGGCCCUGCAGCUCCAAAGGGACCAAAACCAGGUAACUGGGAUCAAGAAGAUUGA